CGUCAGGAGGAGCCCGAGCGGGCGAGGAGGAGGCAGCGCCCAUCCCCGCAGCUGGCAAAGCGGACGGCGCGAAGGAGGAAGCCGCCCGGGCUCGGCUGAGGGAAGCGAACUCCGGGCAAGGCGGGGAGCCGAGAAGGGGGGGGGCGCCAUGGCCGACGUCUUCCCGGCCCCCGAGCCCGGCUCGGGUCCCGACGCGGCGCGGCGCUUCGCUCGCCAAGGGGCCCUCCGCCAGAAGAACGUGCACGAGGUGCGGGAGCACAAAUUCAUCGCGCGCUUCUUCAAGCAGCCCACCUUCUGCAGCCACUGCACCGACUUCAUCUGGGGGUUUGGGAAACAAGGAUUUCAGUGCCAAGUUUGCUGCUUUGUUGUUCACAAGAGGUGCCAUGAAUUUGUUACCUUUUCAUGUCCGGGGGCAGACAAGGGGCCUGAUACGGAUGACCCUAGAAGCAAGCACAAGUUCAAAAUCCACACAUAUGGAAGCCCAACAUUUUGUGACCAUUGUGGGUCAUUACUUUAUGGACUUAUACAUCAAGGGAUGAAAUGUGACACCUGUGAUAUGAAUGUUCACAAACAAUGUGUAAUAAAUGUCCCAAGUCUUUGUGGCAUGGAUCACACAGAAAAAAGGGGGAGGAUCUAUUUGAAGGCGGAAGUCUCUGCUGACAAGCUACAAGUCACAGUGCGAGACGCAAAAAACCUAAUUCCUAUGGAUCCAAAUGGGCUUUCAGAUCCUUAUGUGAAGCUGAAACUUAUUCCAGAUCCAAAGAAUGAAAGUAAACAAAAAACAAAAACCAUUCGUUCCACUCUUAAUCCAAAUUGGAAUGAGACAUUUACAUUUAAAUUAAAACCUACAGACAAAGAUAGAAGGUUAUCUGUUGAAAUCUGGGACUGGGAUCGAACAACUAGGAAUGAUUUUAUGGGCUCUCUUUCUUUUGGAGUGUCAGAACUCAUGAAAAUGCCAGCAUGUGGAUGGUACAAGCUACUUAAUCAGGAAGAAGGCGAGUAUUACAAUGUUCCGAUACCAGAAGCUGAUGAAGAUGGAAAUGCAGAACUGAGACAGAAGUUCGAGAAAGCCAGACUUGGGCCUUCUGCUAACAAAGUCAUAACUCCAAUUGAAGACCGGAUCUAUAAUUUACCCUCCAACAAUCUUGAUCAGGUUAAGCUGUCAGAUUUCAACUUUCUUAUGGUACUUGGGAAAGGGAGCUUUGGGAAGGUGAUGCUGGCUGAACGGAAGAAUACAGAGGAACUGUAUGCAAUCAAAAUACUGAAAAAAGAUGUGGUGAUUCAGGAUGAUGACGUAGAGUGUACCAUGGUUGAAAAAAGAGUUCUAGCCUUGCUGGACAAGCCACCUUUCCUAACACAGCUUCAUUCUUGCUUCCAAACUGUGGACCGCCUGUACUUUGUCAUGGAGUAUGUGAAUGGUGGUGACCUCAUGUAUCAUAUUCAGCAAGUAGGAAAAUUCAAGGAGCCCCAAGCAGUGUUCUAUGCAGCAGAGAUCUCAGUGGGACUUUUCUUUCUCCAGAAGAAAGGAAUCGUUUAUCGGGAUCUGAAAUUAGAUAAUGUAAUGUUGGAUUCUGAAGGACAUAUUAAGAUUGCAGAUUUUGGGAUGUGUAAGGAGCAUGUGAGUGAUGGUGUAACGACAAGGACCUUCUGUGGGACUCCAGAUUACAUCGCACCUGAGAUUAUUGCUUAUCAGCCAUAUGGAAAGUCAGUAGACUGGUGGGCCUAUGGUGUACUGUUAUAUGAAAUGCUUGCUGGUCAGCCCCCAUUUGAUGGUGAAGAUGAGGAUGAGCUCUUUCAGUCAAUAAUGGAACAUAAUGUUUCGUAUCCAAAAGCAAUGUCCAAAGAAGCUGUGUCCAUUUGUAAAGGGUUGAUGACUAAACACCCUGCUAAACGUCUUGGUUGUGGGCCAGAGGGGGAGCGAGAUAUCAGAGAACAUGCAUUCUUCAGGAGAAUUGACUGGGAGAAACUGGAGAACCGAGAGAUACAGCCUCCAUUCAAGCCCAAAGUGUGUGGCAAGGGUGCUGAAAACUUCGACAAAUUCUUUACCAGAGGACAGCCCGUGUUGACACCACCUGAUCAGCUGGUUAUUUCUAACAUAGACCAAACGGAUUUUGAAGGGUUCUCCUAUGUCAAUCCACAGUUCGUUCAUCCGAUCUUGCAGAACGUAGUAUGAGCGUGAUAGACAUGGAAACCACACAGUGAAAAAUUGUCCUUAACCCUGGAGUUUUUAGACCUUUGCCUUGUUGAUUCCAUUUGGGUCUGAAAAUUAUAGGGGUAGGAAGUAGGGGUAAGAAGUAAAGAAACGUUUUGAGGUUUACAGCAACGAAUGUGUGGUCUUCAAAGAUCACCAUACAGCUCCUAUUGUAUUCAUUUAGGAAUUGCUGCUGCUUUUAGAUUCUUAUGAAAUUAGUCUUUGUCAAUGCAUUUUUAUAACUUCUGUUGUCCCCAUUUGAACCCUAUAUCUCAAUUAUUCAAAUUUUCUCCUUAUAACAAAUGUAAUGGUACCACGUAUGUUUGGAGAAAUUACCUGUUAAAAAUAAUUAAGCAGAUAAGAAAUGUGUGCAUAGCCCUCUAGGACCAGCCCUGUUGUUGGUCUGGCUCGUUUUGUACAAAAUAAUUGAAUAAUAAUAAUAGUCGGCUUGCUAUAAAAUAAUUGGAAAUGAAAGAAGAUUGACAGGAACAGGCCAAAUUGAGAAAAAUUGCCUGUUCGUCCCUCAGAUCAUUUAAAAUCUGCUGAUCAAAGAAGAUGCAGAAGAUCUGAGACAAAACAGUUUGAAAUGGGAAAGUAGAUAAGUGGGAUAUUAACUACUAUCUGUGAUAAAUUAACUCAAAACUGCAAAAUACUGGUAUAUGUGUUACUUUUAAUCUCCAUGAGAUUAUUUUGUAAUUUUAGCUACCAUUUUACCACUUAAUUUACUCCAUUACUCAAUUUUCUUAUUAAGCCAGUUGUAAUAUUCCAUGUUAAAACAUUUUACUGUCUCUGAAACAAAUCUGCAAACUCCCAACCCCCUCAAUUUAUACUUAUUUAUUAAGUAAGCUGCAUGAUAGGUUUAGAGUAUAGAAAGUGUUUGCACAGUGAGUUCAUGAAAGUGGAGUUCAGUGUCACUCCAACCUUUUCCAAGAAUAAUUAAGGAUUUUAAAAUACAUAUAUAUGUUUAAACAUUGGUUUAAGAGCCCUGGAGCCAGAGAAAAACAAAGGAAGAAUUAAAAUCAGUUGAAGAUGCUUUUGUUCAGCUGAACCAAUCCUGGUUGAAAAUGCUGAAUACAUUUUUGCAUGCCUAUGCAUUUUUGCAUAUGCAACAUGCAAUGAAUUUUGCAUGUUUAAUAAUAAACAUUAAGUGAAUCAAUAUUAUGGAUAAUUUUAUCUAGUAUAAAGAAGAUGAUAUAAUUUUUAUAAGAAACAGCUGUGCUAUAUUUGUGAAGGUUCUUGUUCUGGAUAGCCUUUUAUUUCGCUUUAGCUUAAUGUUUUAUUAUGAUGAUUUUGUUUGUGGUUUUUUUUUUGAGGGCCUACAUAACAUUGAUCAUUUAAGGCAAUCUCUCCUUUAGUCUUGCAUUAUAGCUAAAUGAUAAUGGGUACUUGCAAGUUUUCUACAGGGCUUGCACCACAAAUGAAAGGGUCUGCAUGUUACACAUGCAUGUGCUCCCCUGUUUAAAAACUGCUCCUCAAACCCCCAAACUGCUAAAGAGAGUGUGUUUCCGGUGCACAUUUUGCUCUUGCACCAAAUUGCAAAACUCCAGGCAGUUUAAAGGACAGUUUAGAAUUUUUGUGGUAAGGAGGAUUUGAACAGUCAGCUAUGAAAAGGGUUCUAUGAGCUGCCUGCUCGGAACAUGUAUGUUUCCUCUCUAUACCUGCCGAUUGCCAAAAAGGGAGGGACUAACUGCAGUAAUUUAUAUUUAUUCCCUGGCAUUUCAGUCACCUUGUAGAGAUGGUUUAUAAUCUUCCGCCCUUCUAUUUUUAUUAGAAAAUGCUGAUUUUUAACAUCAGUAAAUAUUUGAUUUCUGUUUCGGGGCUAGCAUGCAUCAUGGUACUCUUUUUUUAAAAAAAAAUUAUCCCUUUACUCAGGGCUUUUUUUCUGGGAAAAGAGGUGGUGGAACUCAGUGGGUUGCCCUCAGAGAAAAUGGUCCCGUGGCUGGUGG